AUGGGGAACAUACCUGGUGCGACUGUGAAGGAACUACAAACUUGUGAGAGUCACCAGUGGUAUAGAAAAUUCAUGACCGAGUGCCCUUCUGGACUUCUCACCUUUUACGAAUUUAAGCAGAUCUUUGGCCUGAGGAAUCUGUCGGACACUUCAAAUGCCUACGUUAUGACCAUGUUUACAACGUUUGAUAUGAAUAAUGAUGGCUUCAUUGACUUCAUAGAGUAUGUAGCCGCUCUGAGCCUGGUGCUAAAGGGAGGAGUGAAGCAGAAGCUCCGCUGGUACUUUAAACUGUAUGAUAUAGAUAGGAGUGGCUGCAUCGACCGUGAGGAGCUGCUUCAGAUAAUUAAGUCCAUCCGUGCAAUCAGUGGAGUUCCUUGCGAGAUAUCAGCAGAGGACUUUGCCAACAUGGUGUUUGACAAGAUUGACAUCAAUGGAGAUGGUGAACUUUCCUAUGAAGAGUUCAUGGAGGGGAUUCAGAAUGACGAAAUGCUGUUGAUGACACUAACACAGAAUUUGGACAUCACACACAUUGUCGAAAUAAUUCAAGGAGAGAUAAGGGCCAACAACUAA